UCCUUCUCGCGCGGCGCAGAUCUAGGAGAAGGCAGCGGGGGCCUCUGCGUGUGAACUUGCCCCUGCUGUGUGUUGGGGGGCGUGGGCGAGGGCGAGGUUGAGCAGCGCUGGAGGUCCUUGCUAGAGUUUAUAGGGAUGCUGCCAACAGCAAAACAGGUUGUCUUUUCCUAUCCCCAUCACCUGAAUGUAAAGAAUAAUUCAUAUGGGCGCUAGAGGAUCUCGUACCAUAUGGGAUCAAUGCUUUGAACUUCUACCAAUGUACAAUUAGAUUCCUGGCUUUGGAAAGGAGCAGGCUGCAAACCUUACAAUCUGAAUCAGGUGCUUGAUUGAAGUUGGCAGAGAAUGGAAACACUCCCUUGGCAAUGUCUCUUGGAAGACUUCUCCGACGUGCCUCUUCGAAAGCAUCUGACCUCCUGACCUUAAAUGCCGGCGGUGGUGGUGGUUCAUCUUCUGUCUUGGAUGGAGAGAUUAUUUACUCCAAGAACAAUGUCUGUGUCCACCCACCUGAGAUGCUGCAGGGCAUUGUGGAACAUCACCCAGGCUAUUUGUGCCUGUACAUGGAGAAGGAUGAGUUGCUUGGAACCACGCUUAUCCUGGCCUGGGUCCCCAAUUCCCGUAUCCAGAGACAGGAUGAGGAGGCCCUCCGCUACAUCACACCAGAGAGCUCCCCAGUCCGCAAAGCUCCCCACAAACGUAACCGUCACACUCAGGGUUUUGGCACCACUAUGCAGGCUUCUCCUUCUGAGCAGAAACGAGCAAUGAUUCCAAAGGAUGAGGAGGACAUCUUGACCAUGUCACAGCUGGUUAGGGAUGUGGCUCAUGUCACUUCCCCUUCCAAAGAAGGGGAGAAGCUGUCCCAGAGUUGCUUGACAACAGACAGUAUUCACAGCCUUGCACAGCCUGCCCACAGUGACUCAGGAAUCUUAUCGACAAUCAGUUCUCAAGAUGAGCAGAACCGGUUGGAGGAGUCAGUGGAGGAAGGGCUGGAGGGCCACCUGGAGACUGGGGAGGAUGAGGGCUCCUUGGAGUUGUCUGCGGAUGAUGUUAGCAGGGACAGCACAUUUGACUCCGAUUCUGAUGCCUUCUCUUCUCCAUUCUGUCUCUCGCCCAUAAGUGAAACACUUGCAGAAAACGUUGGCUCUGUGUUCCUGGUGAAUGAAAACAGAGAGGCAUGUGAGAGCCACAGGAUUCGCUUGACCAGCUCCAAUGCAAGCCUUGAUCCCAACUCCCAAUUCCAGGAGAAUAAUGGGCAAGUACAGAACUCCAGGUGGGAUGAGCAGCAGAAGGUGUUUGCCUUGGAACAGAUCUGUGGGGUCUUCAGAGUUGACCUGGGACAGAUGAGGUCUCUGCGCCUUUUUUUCAGUGAUGAGGCAUGCACCAGUGGGCAGCUGGUAGUUGCUAGCAGGGAGAGUCAAUAUAAAAUCUUCCACUUUCACCAUGGUGGCCUGGAUAAACUUUCUGAAGUGUUUCAGCAAUGGAAAUACUGCACAGAGACCCAUCUCAAAGACCAGCAGCUCACCGAUGUGAAGACUUGCAUGCAGUUCUCCAUCCGACGACCCAAGCUACCCUCCUCGGAAACCCACCCAGAGGAGAACGCGUACAAACGCUUAGAUGUUGCUGCAUGGCUCCAUCACCUGAAUGAGGCUGGGCAGGUGGAAGAAGAGUACAAGCUGAGGAAGGCUAUUUUCUUUGGUGGGAUCGAUGUCUGCAUCCGUGGCGAGGUCUGGCCUUUUUUGUUGCACUACUAUAGCUAUGAAUCCACUUCAGAGGAGAGGGAGGCACUACGAGUGCAAAAGAGAGAGGAAUAUUUUGAGAUUCAGCAGAAAAGGCUCUCUAUGACACCAGAUGAGCAGAAGGCAUUCUGGCGGAAUGUGCAAUUCACCGUUGACAAAGAUGUGGUGAGGACCGACCGCAGUAACCAGUUCUUCCGAGGAGAGAACAAUCCCAAUGUUGAAACAAUGAGGCAAAUUUUGCUGAACUACGCAGUGUACAACCCAGUCAUUGGCUACUCCCAGGGGAUGUCUGAUCUUGUUGCCCCCAUCCUCGCUGAAGUCCUGGAUGAAUCGGACACUUUCUGGUGCUUUGUGGGUCUGAUGCAGAACACUAUCUUCAUCAGCUCCCCCCGUGAUGAGGAUAUGGAGAAGCAGCUGGCUGGGACUCAGCUGCUCACCAGUCUCUCUUGGCAGAUGUACCUGCGUGAACUGCUACGGCUGAUGCAUGUGCGCUUCUACCACCACUUGGUCUCCCUUGGGGAGGAUGGUCUGCAGAUGCUUUUCUGUCACCGCUGGAUCCUCCUCUGCUUUAAACGCGAAUUCCCAGAUGCUGAAGCUCUGCGUAUAUGGGAAGCCUGCUGGGCUCACUACCAGACAGACUACUUCCACCUCUUCAUCUGUGUAGCCAUUGUGGUGAUCUAUGGAGACGAUGUCAUUGAACAGCAGUUGGCCACUGACCAGAUGCUGCUGCACUUUGGCAACCUGGCCAUGCACAUGAAUGGAGAGCUUAUACUCAGGAAGGCUAGAAGUUUGCUGUAUCAGUUCCGCCUGCUGCCCCGGAUUCCCUGCAGUCUGCAUGACCUGUGUAAACUGUGUGGAACUGGCAUGUGGGACAGUGGCUACAUUCCUGCGGUGGAGUGUACUGGAAAUCACCCCGACUCAGAAAGCUGCCCGUAUGGGGGCAUGGUGGACGAACCCUCUCCCAAGCCAGGGAAUGAAGUUAGGAAGGGGCUGAAAACACGAGAAGUCUUUGCCUUCCGUAAAUGAGGAUACUGGACUGCAGAUAUGUGGCAACUGCAGAAGAAAUGGGCACAAAGAAUUUGACACAAUAGAGGCACAUGCUCCCGACAGGUGUCUGAAGAAGAAAGGAUGGGGAUGUUUUCAGACUCCAAAGGUGGAGGGGAGUGGGUGAGAGGAGAGUGUUGGUAGUGGGUGGGUGGUUAUAUAAUGAUCUUUCUCCUGGUCAGCACUGGAUCCUGACUGAUGUGCGUUGAAACACCUUUCCUGGUAUCUGCCAUGGCUGCUGUUGCUUCAGUUGAUCACUUGGAGGGAGUGCCCGAGGCUGAGCCUCUCAAAUUAGGGUCACGAGUAACAAAGGAGUCCCCCCUACCUGCCAUAGGGGAACAAUGAUUGGCUUAAGAAGAUGAAGUCUACAACCAGCAACAUUGAUAGUGGGUGAAGGGGCUGGCUUAGUGUUGCUGCUUCAUCCCAGACACACCCCCAUGCACCUGCAUAUGUUGCUUUAACCAAAACGACCACGGCUCACUGGCUUCUGUAUAAAGCCAUGUUGAUCACCUGGAAUAUAGUCUGCCAAAAACAACAAUAAUAAAAUUGCAAACUUUUGAGUUCCCACGGGAAA